AUGGCCGAAAUCGACCCAAAAAUGGCUGAAAUCGAGCCAAAAAUGGCUGAAAUCGACACAAAAAUGGCUGAAAUCGACCCAAAAAUGACCAAAAUCGACCCAAAAAUGGCCGAAAUCGACGCAAAAAUGGGUCAAAAUGGACCCAAAAAUGACCAAAAUGGACCCAAAAAUGGCCGAAAUCGAGCCAAAAAUGGCCGAAAUCGACCCAAAAAUGACCAAAAUCGACCCAAAAAUGGCCGAAAUCGACCCAAAAAUGACCAAAAUGGGAAUUUUUUGGAAUUUCGGCAAUUUCUCUGUGGGAAUUUUGGUUGGGAAUUUUGGGUUAUCCCGGCGCAGGACGAGUGGCGCUCCCUGGCCAUGGCGCUGGACCGGCUCUGCCUGUGGGCGCUGCUGGCGCUGACGGGCGGCUGCGCCCUGGCCACGGGGCUGGACGCGGCGCUGCACCGGCGGGGCUCGGUGCAGCAGCUGCUCCAAUCCUACCAGCGCCUGCCGGGCUCGGCGCUGCUCCGGGGGUUCCGUGUCAGCUACAAACGCCACGUGCUCACCAUGGACGACCUGCAGACCCUCUACGGCCCCAACUGGCUCAACGACCAGACCCUCUACGGCCCCAACUGGCUCAACGACCAGACCCUCUACGGCCCCAACUGGCUCAACGACCAGGGGAUUUUUUGGGUUUUUGGGGAUGGUUCGCAGCCCCUCUAUGGCCCCAACUGGCUCAACGACCAGGUGCAUUUCUUCAACUCCUUCUUCUACGACAAACUGCGCACGCGCGGCUACGAGGGCGUCCAGCGCUGGACCAAGAACGUGGACAUCUUCGGCAAGGAGCUGCUGCUGAUCCCCAUCCACCUGGAGGUUCACUGGUCGCUGGUGGCCGUGGACGUGGGGCGCCGAACCAUCACCUACUUCGACUCCCAGCGCACCCUCAACCGCCGCUGCCCCAAGCACAUCUGCCGCUACCUCCAGGCCGAGGCGGACAAGAAGGAGCGGCCGGAUUUCCGCGAGGGCUGGCGGGGCGCCUUCAAAAUGAACGUGGCCCGGCAGAACAACGACAGCGACUGCGGCGCCUUCGUGCUGCAGGUGAGCGGAAAUUGGGGAAUUUUGGGGGAAAUUUGGGGAUUUNNNCAGCAGGACAUGCCCCACCUGCGCCGCCUGAUGUACAAGGAGCUCUGCCACUGCCAGCUCGCCCUUUGACCCCCAAAAUUCCCGGAAUUCCUCCCCAAUUCCCGAAUUCCCAAAACCCCCCGAAAACCCCCGAAAAAACGCAAAAAACCCCACGAAAAUCGGCCUCAAAAUGGGCGAAAAAUGAGAAUUUUUCUACGGUGUGGGCGGGGCUUAAGGGAGGUGGGCGGGGCUUAAUGGCCCCCAAAAUUUUGGGAAUUUUUGGGAUUCCCGAAAAAUGUAAAAAUUCCAAAAAAAAUUCUCAGAAAAACAAAAAAAAACCCGCGGAAAUCGGCCUCAAAAUGGGGGAAAAAUGGGAAUUUUGGAAGGGGGUGGGUGGGGCUUAAGGGAGGUGGGCGGGGCUUAAUGGCAUCAAAAUUUGGGGAAUUUUUGGGGUUCUGAAAAAUUUGAAAAUUUAAAAAAAAAAAAACUCGAAAAAA